AGCCAACAGCAGUCGCCCAUCAAACUCCUACAAGUUUGACAGGUCUGUCACCUGGAGCGGCUGGUAUCGGCUCUUCAUUAACGGUGUGAGCACUCAGAUCCCAGACACGUGUGUUGAAAUCUGUACCUGUGGCACUGAUAUCCCACUGUGGAUUCGUGGUGGACACCCAACAGUUGAAGAUGGAGUCGUCACUCGAGAUAUCUGCGGUCACUGGAGCAAUUACUGCUGCUUUUUCGGGUCUUACCCCAUUAAAGUCAAAGCCUGUCCAGGCAAUUAUUAUGUCUAUGAGCUGGUUAGACCAACUUUCUGCAAUUCAGCAUACUGUGCAGCUGUUACUAACAUCAGCAGCACUCAUACAACAGUCACACCAGAGACGAGCCCAGCUGGUAUAAAUAUAACACUGCCAGAAGAAUGCACCAGUCAGACCCCUGGAGGAUGUUUUCAAAAUCUUCUUGAGCAGCUCGAGAACAUCACAGCUCAAGUGCUUCCUUUAAAUACUGUGACAAACAUUUUGAAUACGGUCUUCAACGCUUCAGAGAAGAUUCUAGAGUCAUCAUCAUCUGCAAGCCCAGCUGAACUAGCCUCCUAUGGAAACCGUGCGUUAAAAACUAGUGAGAAACUCAUCUCUACAUUAGUGAAGCCGACAGACACAAGUGACAGUGUCAGUUUUACUCUUGCUGCUGUAGAGGGUCAAGUCUUCAUGGUUGGACCACAGGUCACCUUCUAUAAAAUCCCUCGACUUGACACGACAAAUUCUUCUGUGGACAUUGAUCUCAUUGGGAUCGCCAGGAACAACAAUGAAAAAUCAGCUGCUGUGGCUUUCAUGAGCUACGUCACGAUGGAGAAUCUACUGAAGCCAGACUUCUUACACACAUCAAACAACACGAUUAAAACCAUGAUGUCCACUGUGAUCUCAGCUACUCUUCCCAAAACCACCAACACUAAACUCACCAAACCAGUCAACUUCACCCUAAAACACAUCAGAGAGUUUGAUCCCAACGGUUCUCUGUCCUGUGUGUACUGGAAUAUCAGCGAGUGGAUUGUAGAUGGUUGUUCUGUUUUAGAGACCAACAGCAGCUACACUGUGUGUUCCUGUGAUCAUCUGUCCACAUUCGCUCUUGUGCAAAUCAGUCGCCCACCAAAGAGCGACUCACUGCUGGACCUGUUGACUUUGGUGUGUGUGAUCGUGGGACUGGUGUUCUUCAGUUUGGCCCUGUUGGCUUUUGUCCUUUAUAAAUGGAGUCCUGUGCGUGAUUGGAUACAUGGUUCCGUUGUGCUGGUUCCUAAAGGCUACAACAGGGAAGAGUUACGCUGCAGUACACGAAGUGCUUCAGAUGUCUCUGCUGUGGACUCAACAAAAUCAAAAGUGUCUCAAAAAACACUGAAGACCACAACAUCAUUUUAAACCUAGAAUGCAUGAACCAAAAAAUGCAUAAAGGGGGUGAAAAUGGCCCAUAUUGGAAUAAAAAAGGUGUCCUAUUAAUGAAAUAAUUAAAAUAAUUGAUAAUACGCAAGUAUUUUAAUAUAGCAAACAUGUUUAUUAGUCCACUUUUCUAUUUGCAUUACAAAAGAUUACAUUUAUUAUUUUUCAAAUGCUUUUGUACCUUUUUCUACAACUCCAAACUAAUUUAGAUCUACUGUAUAUUCCCGACUGAACCUUCACUCCCCACAUUUCUCACAGACCAUGUAAAAAUGAUCAGGCAGAGUCAGAAAAUUUCACACCAGAUUUGCACCUUUCUAAGCAUAUCUUUUGGGCAGAGUUUGAACCUCUUCCUUUGUUUGGGCCUUCAGCUGUCCUUUGCUGUGGCCUUUAUCCUUUAUCCCCUUUAUGCAUUCAAGGGUUCAGGAAAUAGAAAGUACCAUUAUUAUACAGGUGAUUUUAUAUAACAGAAUCAAUGUUUUUGGAUGUUAAAUGUCAUAAUGCCAAUUUACAUUGCAACGACAGACGCAGACCAUGAUGUGGACAAUCACCAGAUUACAGUACCUCACUCCCCAGACGUUCCAUGACCCGACAAACAUCUGAUUCAGCAUGUUCAGUCGUCAAAAACAAGAACCGACCAACAUUAACAGAUGCCGACAGGAGUAACACACUGAUCAGACAAAUCCAAUUAACAUUUCUGUUGCCGUCUGUUGGUUCAGUGUAAAUUGGCACAUAGUAUCAGCAAAUUAUAUUAAAAUAUGAUAUACAAGUUUCUUAAUAUCACGGCUGCCGAUACUACUGAUGUACAAUAAGUAACUCUAUUUUAAUUGUACUCAAGAUUUUUUGGUGG